CCGAUCAGCUGAGACUCACCUGACGCUGUUCGGAUCCCUGCUGCUCGGGAAUGUCAAUAAAGCUUCAGCGUUUCAAAACAUCAUGGCGGCCUGCACGGUCCCUGCAGCGCUCAGAUGCUUCAUGAAAUGUUUCCUCAAAGACUCGUCUCUUCGCUCCGGGAGGAUUUGCAGCCCGUCAGUGAGUCGCACGGGAAAAGGUUGCAUCAGUCAGAGGACGUGCACUUCAUCCUCGUCCUCCUCCUCCUCCUCUUCGUCAUCUGCUGACAGCGUUGCACACUAUGAUCACCUCACUCAGUGUGGAUCCCUGAGGGAAGAUGCUCAGCAGAGACGUGUCCUGCAGCGGCUGCAACAGCUGCAACAAUCCCUGAAGAAGUACAGCAACAGCACGUACCUGAGUCCACCUCCUCCAACGCUAGAGUCAGAGGAUGACAGCUGUCAGCCUCAGAGAGAUGCAGACCCCUGCACACCUACAGCUGGAGACAAGGGGGGUGAAUCACCUGCUGAGAAGGAAGAGCCCAAUCCACGACCACCCAAAGGUUUCUAUAUCUAUGGAGAUGUUGGCACAGGGAAGACCAUGCUCAUGGAUUUGUUUUACUCCCACGUGGAGAACACCAGUAAAAAGAGAGUCCACUUCAAUGGCUUCAUGUUAGACAUCCACAAAAGGAUCCAUCGGAGGAAACAAAGCCUGCCAAAACGAAGGCUGGGGAAUAUGUUCACCUAUGACCCCAUAUCGCCGGUUGCCAUGGAGAUCAGCAACGAAACCUGCCUCUUGUGUUUUGACGAGUUUCAGGUGACUGACAUCGCUGAUGCCAUGAUCCUGAAGCAGCUGUUUGAGACCCUGUUCAGAACUGGAGUGGUGGUGGUGGCCACUUCCAACAGACCCCCUGAAGAUCUGUACAAAAACGGACUUCAGAGGGACACCUUCCUACCUUUCAUCGACGUGCUGAAGGUAGAGACAAAGUCAUCCCUCUCUCUGGAAUCUAUUCACUUGUUCCGGCUUCUCUUUCUCUGGAUGGCAAAGCUCAGCGUUCUCACAGAGGAGCCUGGUGCCGAAGCCUUCUUGGAUGCACUGUUUGAGGAUCUGGCUUCGACACAAAAGAGCCUAACAGGUCCGCGGGUGCUCACGGUGCUGGGCAGGGAUGUGACUCUGGACAGGACCUGCGGCUCCAUCGCCGACUGUACUUUUGAUGAGCUGUGUGGCAGACCUCUCGGUGCUAGUGACUACCUGGAGAUGGCACGGCUCUUCGACACUGUUUUCAUCCGCCAUGUUCCAGUGCUGUCGCUGAAACUGAAGGACCAGGCUAGAUGUUUCACCACCCUCAUAGACAACUUCUACGACAACAAGGUGAGAGUGGUGCUGCUGGCGGCCGCUCCUUUAGACGGACUGUUUGUCCACGCGGGAGGGGACGAAGAGAGGGACCGACAGCUGCUGGACGACCUGGGCCUCCGCGGGGAAGCAGCAGAGCGUCUGACUCUGUUCACGGCUGAGGAGGAGAUCUUUGCCUUCCGGAGGACCGUGUCCAGACUGACGGAGAUGCAAACAGAGUCAUACUGGAUUAAGGGAAACCGCUGUCACAGCACAAAGCACAGGAACACCUAACUUCCAGUUCUGACUGCCACAAUAAUUAUAUACCUCCAGACAACACAGCACCUCAAUAACCACUGGCGCUGCGUAAGCAAAAGCUUCAGAAACAGAAAAGAUCAUGUCUAUUUUGGGCGAGCGAAGCUAAAUGGUUUUAGGGAAUAAGCAGUAGUUUACUCCAGUGCAUCCAGUAAAGGCCUAAAAUCCACUGUAAACUACAUAAAACUGGUCUGUUUCCUUUGGUCCUGACUUGUCUUCAUUUUAUGCAUGUGUGUUAUAUCUCCUUACUCUCUAUGUGGUUUUCUCUGUUGCCCUCAAGAACUUAUUUAUUUUAAAUAACAUAGAAACCUCUCCAGCUUGUGUGAAAGCAAAACUAUCAGCUGCUUUUUUUCAGGCAGAGAAGGGCAGCUUAGAAGUGUCCUUCACAGCAGUUGGCUACCGCCCUCUGGUGGUGAAUGUGAAAACUGACAAAUGUUGCCAAGCUUUUUCUCAGCAGCUCAAACUGAAUAAUGCCUGAUAUGAAUUUAAAACAUGCUUCAUGAAUGUAUUCAGGGAAAUGCUGAGCCGCUUUAAUGUUACCGGUACCUGUUGGACUGCAUCUAUGUUUUCCAGGUCUGAACUCUUAAGAAACUAGAACUGAUCUUAAUUCAGGUUCUAUUUUGAACACUGUACUUUGUUCUCUACUGAAGAUGGAAUUAGUCUUGCACUGGUUCAGGUGAUGGAAUGGGAAACACCCUUAAAAAUAAAUGCAAUAAAGUUGUAAAAGCAAACAA